GUGAUACGAAGGGUUUUGUUGGUUUACUCGAAGAUGCGAUACAUUGGGUCUCAUGGCCUGGCUGCUCUGCAUAGGUACAAGUACAGCGGCGUCGAUCACUCCUAUCUCGCCAAAUAUGUUCUACAGCCAUUUUGGAGAAGCUGCGUGAAUCUCUUUCCCCUUUGGAUGGCGCCAAACAUGAUAACACUCACAGGUUUCAUGUUCUUGCUCAUAUCUGCGCUGCUUGGCUAUGUGUAUUCACCUCGUCUGGAUUCACCUCCCCCUAGAUGGGUUCAUUUUGCACAUGGAUUGCUGCUUUUCUUAUAUCAGACAUUUGAUGCUGUUGAUGGGAAGCAAGCAAGGCGUACAAAUUCUUCCAGUCCAUUGGGGGAGCUGUUUGAUCAUGGAUGUGAUGCGCUUGCAUGUGCGUUUGAAGCCUUGGCUUUUGGGAGCACUGCUAUGUGUGGAAGGGACACUUUCUGGUUCUGGGUUAUUUCAGCCAUCCCAUUUUAUUGUGCAACAUGGGAACACUUCUUUACCAACACACUUAUUCUUCCUGCAAUAAAUGGACCUACAGAAGGUCUCAUGCUGAUUUACAUGAGCCGUUUUUUCACGUCUAUUGUUGGUGCUGAAUGGUGGGUCCAACAGUUUGGGAAAUCCAUGCCAUUCUUUAGUUGGUUACCAUUUGUUUAUGAUAUCCCCACAUACAAGGUUGUGUUAUAUGCAAUGAUGGCUUUUGGUGUUAUACCAACAGUAGCAUUCAACAUAUACAAUGUCUAUAAUAUUGUGAAAGCAAGAAGAGGAAGCAUGCUUCAGGCAUUAGCAAUGCUUUACCCUUUCGCAGUGCUCCUAGGAGGAGUUCUAGUAUGGGAUUAUCUGUCUCCUUCUGAUAUUAUAGGGAACUAUCCACAUCUAGUUGUGGUGGGAACUGGACUUGCAUUUGGUUUUCUUGUGGGAAGAAUGAUUCUGGCUCACUUGUGCGAUGAACCCAAGGGCUUAAAAACUGGAAUGUGCAUGUCACUGUUGUAUCUUCCAUUUGCCAUUGCUAACGCGCUCACCGCCAGGCUCAAUGAUGGAGUUCCUUUAGUUGAUGAGAGCUGGGUUCUUCUUGGUUACUGUAUAUUCACAGCGACACUCUACUUGCACUUUGCCACUUCUGUCAUUCAUGAAAUCACCUCAGCUCUAGGAAUCUACUGUUUCAGGAUAACAAGGAAAGAAGCUUAAGAGCAGUCUAUAUGUCUCACUGGGGUCUGUUUCUGCACAUAUAUGCAUGUACCAUAUAGCAGCCGGUUUUGAUCUGACAAAAUCCGGAGAAGGCUUCUAUUUCUGCUCAGGUUGCAGUUGGUUUGGAAUAUGGUCUUUUAAUGAAUUUUGCAAAUCCAUCGGCUUAUUAUGCACAUCUUCGGGUUUCUACAACAAAAGUGGGAUGCCUUGGAUUGACAACCAGAGAUUUAUUUUUUGGUGUUUCUGGUAAAUCUUUCCAUUUGGGGAUCAAGCCAGUGAUCUCAUUGUUUCUCAGCUAAUUUAGUUUCAUCAAAGUGGUGUUGGUGGUAGAAUUUUAAUUUAAUGGAGU